CGUAAAUAUCGAAACGGUACCACUCUCCCCUCUCGCAAAGAAGGGGUGUCUUACGUAAACUAAUGUAUAUAUGCUCUGCCCGUCUGUCUGUGAGGCAUACCUACUUCUAAGUUUUCAGUGAACACACACAAUCAUUCCAGCAACUAGCAAAAUGUACGCGAAACUCGCUCUCGUAUCCCUUGUCAUCGCCGCCGUGGUGGCGACCCCCGUGCCCGGUGGUCAUGGUCACCACAAACACGUGACCAUCCACGUCCCCUACAAGGUCCACACCAUCCACCACCACCACGUCUCUAAAGUCCACGUGCCGGUCGUCAAAGAGGUCCCCGUCUACAAGGAGGUGCACGUGCCCGUAAUUAAGCACGUGCCCGUAAUUAAGCACGUGCCUUAUCCGGUGGAGAAGAAGGUGGUGGUGGAGAAGAUUGUGCACGUGCCGGUGCACCAUCAUGAGGAACACAAGGGGUGGGAGAGCGAGUCGCUGUCGCAUGGCUGGAACUGAUUGAGUUGCGAGUGUAUUAGUAGAAAUAGGUAUGAAUAAGAAUGCGAAGAGAGAUUAUAUGACAAGCUGCAAACUUGGUGAAAUAAAUAUCAAUAUACAGAAGAUUCAGUGGUGCAAGCAAAUGUAAACCUUAC